UGUAUUGAUAUUUUCAGAGACACCAUUGAUAGAUGGCUGAGUUGAGUGUUGAGUAUGGCAGCGUGUGAUAUGGUCACAUCUUCCUCUUCCUCAUCGUACGGACUUCAUCAAGCCUCUCUGAUUCACAUCCCACCAUCAUCGGCCGACCAAUCACCUACCACCGUCCUCAGCAAUGGCACCAUGGGUAGCACCAGCAGUCUACUGGCAGACAGUGGUUACCGUGGCUACAGCGACACCACCACAAACAGCAACAGUUCUGUCUUUGAGGAGCCCCCUGCCCCCAAUGACGAUACCGAGUCGAUAGGUCCCCCAAAGCUCACUCCAAUUAGUGGAAAGCUGGAAAAGACCAAAGAAAAAAAGCUGAUCAAACCCAUCGCUGUCAGGUUUGCAUCUCCAAACACUUCUCCCACAGACACAUACAAACAGAUCUCUCCUCAGUCUCCCUCGUUAUCGGAUACCAUGGCAACGUACUCACAUCCUCCUGAUAUCCUGAUGACCAACAAUAACCAUGGUUUCUCUGCCGGGAAGCACUUUGGGAAACCACCCACCAAGGCUAUGUCUCUACAGGACAUCACUCCGAUGCAGCAGACGUAUAGGACAAACGGGCACCAAAGCAACCAUAGUUCCAACGGCCACCACCAGUCCACGCUCCCCCACAAGGGUGAUGCCUCCCAACGCUCCGCUCUGCACCAGAAACUCCAUCAGGCGCAGUCUCUGAAUUUCAUCAACCGCGGCGGUGGCUGGGCAAACAUCCAUCAGAGUGGAACCGUCCAUGGGAAGAUUGGCAAUGGAGGGCGUCACCGCAGCCAUAGCCAGUCCAUGUACCCUGGAGAUGGACAGCGCCCCCUAGUGGCCUCGCAUGGGCAGGACACUAAGCAACAUAGCCAUCCUAACCUGACAUCGCCAAGGAAUUACGGGGAAGACCACGUCUAUGCUCCAGUCUCGGUUUCAUCGGUACCGGAGGAAUCAGAUUUGGCAGAGGAGAAUAGGAUCCUAAGGAAUAAAGUUCAGAACAAGCAUGAUCAGGACAUGAAGCACCAGCUGGUGACGAUGCGGGACACAAUGGAGGUCAACGAGCAGACCAUCUUCCAGGUCCAGGAUGAGAAACGGCGGGACUACGAGGGCCGCAUCAACCGACUCCAGACCCAGCUCCAGCAGGAGAAGGAUUCCUCUCUCUCACAGCAGAGAUCUCAGCAGCAAGAGAUUUACAGACUAGAGCAGGAUAGGAAACAAUUGAAGCUGAGGCUGGAGGACCUACAGAAAGAACUUUCAAGACACAAAGACAAUGGCAAGAAGGUGGAGGAACAACAAUCAGUAUUAGCUGAAAGCCAGCAAGAAAUCACAAAUAAACGAUACGAGAUCAAGCGUCUCGAGGAAAGCGUGAAGCGAUCUAAAGACGAACUGCAAUACGAAAAGGAGAAUGUGAAGCGAUUGCAAAUCGAGUUGGACAAAGCAAGGUUGCAAGUGACUAAAAGGACCAAUGGUGGCCAGCAGCAUUUGUUGAGUAAGAAGGAAUCAGAGUUGUCACAAGUGAAGGCUGAUGCCAAAAAGACAAUGGACCAAAGGGACAGCUUGAUGCUGAGGGUAAAGAACCAGGGUGAUGAGAUCGAUAGAUUGGGGGCGCUUGUCAAAACAAGAGAACAAGAACUGGCCCAGGAAAGAUGUGAAGUGGCAUACUUGAAAGAGGUCAAUGAAAGAAUGACCAGUGCGCUGAAAGAGAAGGAAGAGAAAGUUGAAAAGACAAAGGGAAGCGUGGAGGGUAGUUCUCACAAUUCAAAAAAGAUUGAUGUAGUUGAACUUGAGCUUGGUAGGACAGUGGAAAAAUUACAGCAGCUACAGACUGAGAAAGACAUGGAGUCUGCUCGGCUGCAGAAGAGAAUCGCAGAGAAAGAUGCUGAUAUUAAGAGACUUCAAGGAAGAUUACGAGAGCGUGGAAAGGGGAAUGAGCGUAAUGGUGUUGAUAAUAAGACAAACCCUACCCAGAGACGUCUUGAACAGGAUAGAUUAGAACUGCAAGCAAAGUUAGUGAAGCGAGAGCAAGAGCUCAGGCAAGCGAGGCAACAGGUUUUGACGCUUCAAACACAAGAGCGUAACUCGGGUCCAGCACUGUCAAACUCUAUACUUCAGAAGAAGGAAGCAGAGUUGAAGACGUGUCAGGAGAAACUCCACCAACGGCAUGCAGAAAUCACCUACAUAAGGGAAAAACUUGGUGAACGAGAUGCAGAAAUGACUGCCUUGAAAGUAAAACUAGACAGGGUACAUAGACAACUCCCUGAGAAUGGUCGAAGGUCAGGUUCUUUAGACAGGGAACUGUCUGGAACACGAGCAGCAAAACAGCAGCUUGAAUCACAUGUAAAAUCCCUCCGGGAAGAGAACGCUCGUCUCAAGGAAAAACUAAGUCGGGUGGCUGUUGGAGUGAGGACACUCUCUGAAAGCCAUUUGAACCUUGCAAAACUAUCCAUGGUACCCUCGGUUCCAGACAAACCAAAGUUUGAGCGUACGGAUCCCAAGGCUGUUGGUCAGCUCCAAAAGGAGGUUGCCAGUUUAAAACAGGAGAUAUCACGUUUAAAUGAAGACAAGGAUAAGCAAACGUCAGAGUUUCGCCAAGAGCAUGGUAUUUGGCAGGAGGAGAAACAUCGGGUCAUCGCCUACCAGAAGCAGCUACAGCUCAACUAUGUGCAGAUGUGCCAGAAAAAUAAAAAGCUGGAACAAGAAGUCCAACAACUGACCAAAGAACUAGACAAUGAGGAAGUCAUACAGUGUUAGUGAUGAUCUUCUUAUGCUUUAUAGAGGGUCAGUUUGUACACAGUCCAUUCCAUGCACUCAGCCAGAUGUUUUGAUGAUUGUUGAAAGAAUGUGUCUCUAAGUCUUUUACCGGUAUCAUUUUCAAGAGUAUCAUUGAGGUAAAGAUAUUCCUGCUCAGAAACAAAAACAGUUGUAAAGGUUCUCAAAAUGUCCAAUGCCAGAGUUGCUCAUGAUUGCCUAGAGGAUACAAUUUACCAAUGUUUACAGGCAAGUGGUCUUGAGAAGCAGCAUAGUUUGAUAAGGAAGAGUAAUGUUUAGGUGUUUUUUUUUAAAUAUUGAUGAAGCAGUUACACUGCAGAUCCAGCUAUGGUAGGGUGAAUGACCUACUUGGAUAGGAACUGGGCAACAGGUUUGGAUAGACAUAUUUUAUUCUAAAAAUAAGACCAUGAAAGCUAUACACUGCCAAGAAUGAGAUCACGCCUGUGGAUCUAUAAACAGAAUUAUAGUGGAUUUGGCUGUAAAGUUGAUAGUCACUGCCGCAUAUUACAUGCAUUGUUUUACUUGGAAGAUUACCAGAGGAUUUAUUAACAGAUGUGCACAAAUUAUAACACAGCAAAUUGCAAAAGAAAUGGAAGAUAAAAUUAAACAUAUUUUCUACAAUUAAUUUUUUUCUCUAAUUUUGAAAGUUACUCAAUCAAGAAAUAUAAACAAUUAUACUCUCUGACAUCACCUAAUAUUUCAAAUAUAUUAUACUUAUUUUUUGCAUUGAAAUUUAUGUGUGUAAUUUCAAUUUGGAUGUUACUCUGUUUGGAGCUGUUAACAACCAGAAAUAGCAUUCAAAUGAGAUAUUUGUGUGAGGUGAAAAUUCCUCUUUCAAAUAGGGAUGUCAAACAUAAACAUUUAUUUUAACCAUUAUUGGGUCAUGAUAAUUGUAUGAAUAAUCAGCACAUCCAAUUUCUACUAUCUCAUUUUUAUUGUGAUCGUGUAAGUAUUUCUGCAAGUGAAAUAUGUGUAGAUUUAUGCAAGUUUUGGGUUAUUAAGUCUUCAUAAAUUUUAUGGUUAAAAAAUUUUAACAUACAACUCAACAUUUCAACUGCAAGUGUAUUAUGAUUGUGAACUCUAAUAGUAUUACUCAAUAUAUUUUUAGACAGAUUUUUUUAUGAGCUUGCUAUUCUGUUCACCAUAUUUUUCCAUACAUUAGAUUAUUAUGCAAAUCAUGCUCGAUGUAAGUAGCUGGUCUUCCAUGGCAACUCAUAGGAUUUUUUUCUGGCAGAUAACAAAUCAUGACAUUAAACUACUCAAUGAUAUACAGUACAGUACAGUACAGUACACUUUGAAUAUCUACUUGCACCAAUUGCACAAUGAAUAUACUGUAGUUGCAGUCAUUUUCCAUUUAUUGUGUAGUCCCUCUCUCAUACAAUGGAUGUGAUAAUGAUGACUGAAACAUCUAACGGGUUGUUCAUAUUAUAUUGGACAAAAAUACUAGGAAUGGUCUAGGUCUGAAUUGAAAUAUUGUAACAAUAUAACAAAGCAAUUUAAAAGGUAAUUAUAGGUUAAUAAGUUCAUGCUACCUAUGUGGGGAAGUUGAACAGAUUGAAUCAAGUUACAUGGUUUAAACUAUUAUUUCAUUGUUCGUAGAGUCGUUAUUAUUCAUAUCAUUAUUUGCAUUUGAUAACAUAAAUAUAUAUUCAUAUCAACUACUCAAACAUUGAAAUUAAUUUCUGAGACAAAAGGGGCCAUGUACACUACAAUUACUGACAUAACUGUCAGUGAUUUAUUGUUAGUACUGCUGUCUCUAUUUUUUUCAUGGGUUGAUGAACAAUUUAUUAUUUUUAUAGAGAUUUAUGAUAAUGGUGCUUACACAUACAGGUGGAAAUGAUAUGUUUGUUUUAUAUUUUCAACAGCAAUGAAAUGGUCGAAACUGUCAACGGUUGAAAGUGGUCCGAUGUAUGAUGGUAUAUUUUGAACAAUGAACACAUUUGGCGAUAAGAUGUGAGGGAAUGCGGGAUUAAGUGUAUGGCCUCCUUUUGAUUGAUAUUCAUACUGAUAGUCUCUUUUAUAUAUAUUUUUUAGUAAUAAUUGAUCUUUCCAUGUUAUAAAACUGUUAUACAGACUACAUUUUUUUGUCUUAUUGUACUCUUGAAAAUAUUGUUCUAUUUAUUUAUUUUCCUCUGUUUAUGCCCGCUCUUCUCUUGCCUCUUCCUACUGUUGUAUCUUCAUCUCCAUUUGAAGUCUUGUAUUUCUUUCACAUUCUCUUUCCUCUCUAUUUUCACACACAAAAUCUCUUCACAUUUUCCUUUCUCACUCCUCUCUUUUUACCUCGCUCAUUUUCUGUUUAAGUUGCUACCUUUCUCCUUUUCUGACUGUACUUGUUUUUAUGUUGAAUAUUCAUAUAUAUGUAUGUGUGUAUCAUCACUUUGGUAUUUGUAUGUCAUCAAAUUUCAUUUUACGAGGGGAGCACAUUAGACCAUAGCUUACACAUACAGUUGAACCAGGCUCCAGUGUAGUAAAAGCUGCUUAUAAAUGUAACUAAAAACUUGAACACAAUUUCUGAAUGUGCGGUUUUAAUUGGUUAAAAUUCAAAUUGCAUUUUAUUAUUGGAGUUGAUUUGAUUGAAACUCUUCCUGCAGCCGUUCCCUUAUGUUGGAAAUGAGAUGAAAAAAAAAAUCAUCUCAAUUCCCUUUGAAUUGCCAUUUUAGAAAAUGUCCAUGCAGGAUACACGUACAUCAUAGCACUAGAUGCCCUUUUAUAUGACCUGAAAAGCUUUUACUCAUACUUUUUCAUCAAACUGCUCAAACCUUCACUGCCGUAUUCCUCUUGUUCUAUUCAAAGCUAUAAUAAUAGCAGGGCCCGCUGGGAUAAUAGUUUUCGGAACUGAAGUGGCUACCCUGGGUAAAUAUGCCGUUAUUAUUAUUAUUAUAUUCAGGGUGGACCUCCAUCUAAACUACAUUCUCCUAUGUAUUGCAAAAGUUAAAUAUAGUAGAUUUUAUACAACUCAUACAAACAAAGAUUCUUGUAAUGUGAUUGGUUGAAAGCCAUUUUGUGCUGCAUGCAAAUUUAAUUUUCCAUUGCAUAGCGACCGUACUUUUUUAUUUUUCCAUCGUACGGUUGAGCUCUCUCCCUCGGUGUGUACAAAUUGAGCAUGUGUAUGUACAUACAUUUUGUAUGUGUGUUUGCGCGCAUCGAAGUAAGCGCAUCAACAAGGCGGCCACGCACUUCGAUUCAUGAAUCAACGCGAGUCACAUAAGAAUGAAAACAAUUAAAUGCUUUCGCACAUAGGGAAAAAUAAUCAUGUUAUCAGAGAAAAUGCGUUGCCAAAGGCAAAUAUAUAUAUUCCAUCUUUUUUUUUCUUCUAUUUUGUCAAUAACGCGAUCUAGAAGAGUUGUAUAAAUCAAAUGAUGCAUGUAUUCAUUCGUCCAUUAUGCGACCUAUCCACACUUGUUGAGGCUGUGCAUGUUAAUUUCAUUGCACGCAGCCUAAUGGCCUCAUUCAAUGAACAGAGCCUCAACUCGAGUGAGGAUAGAUCGCAUAAUGUACUCAUGUGAAUGCAUCGUUUGUAUAGCAAACUAUUCUAUUUCCUUCCAUUUUCCUGGAAACACCCAAACAAGUAUUCAUCCAUGUAAUCAUCAUGUAUGAUUUUAUUUAUCUAUUGUUUAUCAAGUCGUUGUUAUUUAAGAGUGUACAUACAUCAUAAAUAUUUGACAGGCUUUUAUUAUUCCUUGUAUGCCUGUACAAUGUAGAGAAAGAGAAAUCUUUUUUUAUAAUUCUAUUUUCUUGUAUGAUAAAAUAUAUGAAAAAGAUGUACUAUAUGUAAUUUGCUAUUAUUAGGGAGCAAUAAACAACUGGCUUCAAAGCCUUAAUCUUUGGAGCAAGUACAGGGGCCUGUAAGACAAAGGUUAGCGAUUGAUCGUAUAGUUGAUUUGUAUGAUUGAUUGCUUAUAAUGAUUAAUGUUAACAAGUGGGAUCAAGUGCUAAUCUUGUGUUAGUGUCCAGGGGCAAGUUACACAAAGCUUAGCAAUCAUCGUAGAACAUUUUUCUACGAUUGUUGCAUUGACUACAAUGUACAAUCAAUCAUAAAAAUCAAAUGUACGAUUGAUCGCAAACCUUUGUAUUAUGGAACCCAGGGGCCCGUCUUACAAAGAGUUGCAAUUGAUCCAAUAAAUGGUAACUCUAUGGAAAUCCAUCAGCGUCAUAAUAUUUUCUACGAAAAAUUUGCACAAUGUCCUUUGUAAGCAAAGAGAAGCGCAGUGAAUUUUCAAGAAAACAAUGAAUGCAUGAAUAUACAUCAUAUCUAGAAAAUAUUUGGAACAACUAUGCAUAAUAGAUGUUGACGUUGCUGGCCGUCCAUAGUUGGGAUUGAUCGGAUCAAUCGUAACUCUUUGGAAGACGGGUCCCAGGGUCUGCUUUCUUCUUGUGAUUUGAGGUUCAAGUGUAAACAGACAGAUUCUUCUCUGUAGUCAACAUAAUUUGGAAGUCUUCGAUGAUUUUUGAAAAUGAUAUUUUGCUAUUAACGAGAUCAUGUAACCAAGAUAUGACUAUUAAUAGCAUGGUUUAUGGAAAUAUGAGUAAGUAGUAUUAUAAUUUUAAUUGUUAAUAAAAACUCUUGGACGUGUAAUUUAAGUGGGAUACCCAGAGUAAUUUCUAUAUGUGUGAAUGAUUUGAAUACCCUGUAUUAUGGUGUAUAUUCAUUUAUAAAUGGCUAGGACAUAUGUGAGUGGUCCCUUUAAUAUUCAAACAUACUGCCUACACCAUUCAGGUAUGAAGUGAAUUUAAUUAUUGCCCCCCCCCCCCCCAUGUUGAAGACGAGCAGUUUCAUCCCCAUUAUUAUAUGUCUUCUGAUGCAGGACACGUUGGAUACAAUAUCCAACAUGUCCUGGUCGUAGACUAUUUUCAUACAAAAUUAAUUUCUACUGCUCUGUGCUUGAUAUUGUCUGUAUGUAUCUUAUUUACAAUUUUAUUCCAAGAUGUUAUAUCUUGGGGUUUUUUUAGGCCCCAAGUUAGUCUCUUAUUGCAUCGCUGUAUUAUGUCAAUUAGUUUCAUUCACAUUUGAUACCAACUGUUGACCUUGACCUGUAUGAACUCUGCCACUUAUGUUUCAAUUAAAUGUUUGAAACAAAUAUACAUCAAA